UCCAGCGCAGGCACCGGAGCGGGCACGGCGACGGGAGCAGGGGCCAUGCCCUGCAAGAGCGCCGAGUGGCUGCAGGAGGAGCUGGAGGCGCGUGGCGGCGCGUCCCUGCUGCUGCUCGACUGCCGGCCGCACGAGCUCUUCGAGUCGUCGCACAUCGAGACUGCCAUCAACCUGGCCAUCCCGGGCCUCAUGCUGCGCCGCCUGCGCAAGGGCAACCUGCCCAUCCGCUCCAUCAUCCCCAACCACGCCGACAAGGAGCGCUUCGCCACGCGCUGCAAGGCGGCCACCGUGCUGCUCUACGACGAGGCCACUGCCGAGUGGCAGCCCGAGCCCGGCGCUCCCGCCUCCGUGCUCGGCCUUCUCCUACAGAAGCUGCGCGACGACGGCUGCCAGGCCUACUACCUCCAAGGUGGUUUCAACAAGUUCCAGACAGAGUACUCUGAACACUGCGAGACCAACGUGGACAGCUCGUCCUCACCAAGCAGCUCACCACCCACCUCAGUGCUGGGCCUGGGGGGCUUGCGCAUCAGCUCUGACUGCUCGGAUGGCGAGUCAGACCGAGAGCUGCCCAGCAGUGCCACCGAGUCGGACGGUAGCCCUGUGCCAUCCAGCCAACCAGCCUUCCCUGUCCAGAUCCUGCCCUACCUCUACCUCGGCUGCGCCAAGGACUCCACCAACCUGGAUGUGCUCGGCAAGUACGGCAUCAAGUAUAUCCUCAAUGUCACACCCAACCUGCCCAACGCCUUUGAACAUGGCGGCGAGUUCACCUAUAAGCAGAUCCCCAUCUCUGACCACUGGAGCCAGAACCUCUCCCAGUUCUUCCCCGAGGCCAUCAGCUUCAUUGAUGAAGCCCGCUCCAAGAAGUGUGGCGUUCUGGUGCAUUGCCUGGCAGGCAUUAGCCGCUCAGUGACGGUCACCGUAGCCUAUCUGAUGCAGAAGAUGAACCUGUCACUCAAUGAUGCCUACGACUUUGUCAAGAGGAAAAAGUCCAACAUCUCGCCCAACUUCAACUUCAUGGGGCAGCUGCUGGACUUUGAGCGGACGCUGGGGCUAAGCAGCCCAUGCGACAACCAUGCACCCAGCGAACAGCUCUACUUCUCCACGCCCACCAACCACAACCUAUUCCCGCUCAACACACUUGAGUCUACGUGAGGCCUGGCCCACAGGGGGAUACGGCACCGGCCCCUGCCCAGCCCUCCACUGGACCAGGUGGGAGGACCUAAGUCUGCUGCCUCUGGUCUGAGGAACCCACAGUUGUUGCCUGUACCCAGAUGCCCAAGCUGACCAGUGGCCAAGCUCCAUGCACCAUCCUGUGGGGGCAGGACCCGUAGGCAAGGCCUCCCAUCGCAGGACUCUCCGGAGAGUCUCGGCUCUCAGACAAGUGGCUCCAGGCAACCAGCAGGGCCUCAUCCUUUCCCAGGUUACUCCCUUCUGCUGAUAGCCUGGCCAAUUUAGCUAUUUUUUAAAGACACAUCCAUGGACCUGAGUUUACUUCUUACUUUUGGCAGGUAAAUCCAAGCUCCCUGGAGCAUAAAGAGUGUUUAGGCUCUUCUUGAUUUUUCUUUUUUUUAACAAAAAGUGUUAUUUUCAGACUACAUGCAACAGUGGAUUGUUUAAACCAGUAUUUCAUCCCUUUCUUGAUCCUGCAAGAGAGAGAGAAGUUCUCAGUUUUGUUUUUCGUUCUAUUUCAAAAAGCAAUUAUCGUGUUUGUUUUUGUUUUUAAUGGAAAAGACAAACCCUGUGUUGUUCUUGACCAAAUGCAUUUUGCACAUGUGUGAAGCCUCCGUUUCUCCGGCGGGCCCUUCUUGAAGGGGUGGCUUGCUGCUCUCCAAGUGUCAGGUUCCCCGGUCAUGCUGUCCAUCAUCCCUGGCUCAGUCCAACUUGACUGUGCAUUUGCCUGCAUUGACUGCUGCAAGUUGUGAUUGGUGGGCUGGAUGGUGGUCUUUGCAUUUUCUACCCUCCCAUCCACCCCUCCCUGAGGCAUUAGAUGGAGGAUCUGGGAGCCUGGGGCCCUGCUGCUGUCCUUUGAGAGGUGGACCACAGGGAACUGCCAAGCAGUAGCAUUAGCCCUCUGGGCUCAGCCCCUGGCGGGGCCUGGGCCCUGGACUGUUUUAUAUACUUAUCCACUACUUCUGUCUCUAAUCUGUCUGUCUGUAACUGGAAGUGGAGGCCCAGUGGCUGGGGAAAAGCUCAGGUGGUGUGGGCCCAGCCCUGCCUCCAGGAUCUUCCCUUUCCCUGGCUAUUGCUUUGGUAGAGCUGCCACUCCCAGCCUCCUUGUCCACGUGGAAGUUUGCCCUGCCCUCAUCUUGCCCAUGCCUUCUACUGCCAGGAGACUUGCACCCAUUUAAACCCUAAGGCAGGGGCAGGUGGGGCAAGGAUGGACAAGCAGAGGGAUGUGAGGCUCUGUCCAUGCCACCCCGCCACAGAACAAAGCCACGGAUUCCGUUAUCUUUCUCCAGUUUUGUUCCUUCUCCAACCUCAGUUCUACCAGGUGUCAGGCCUGCAUGGGGGUCCAUGGCAGGGUGGGCAGUCGGGCCAGGGUCCCUGGUGGAGCAGCACUCAGCAUGUGAGUGAGGCCACAGAAACUCUGCCCCCAUUGCAUCUUACCUCACAGGGGUGGUUUUCAGGGAUUCUUUGGGGCAGUCGAGAAAUUGACAAAAAGCUUCCGUGCUGUACAUGGUUCUCUUUCUCUCUCUCUUUUUUAUUUUUAAAAAGAAAAACCCAGAAAGAUGCAUCAAAUUUGUGUAAAUGAGAGUAUGCCAGAGGGUGGCCAGUUUUGCUUUAUGAUCUUAUGAAGGAAAAUUUGUGACCCCACACACACACACACACACACACACACACACACACACACACACACACACACACACACACAUAUCCCGAACCAGCAACGGGACUUUGUUUAUAUUGC